AUGCCUCACAGCAUUACAACAACUACUACUGCUAUGGCGCACAGCGUUUCCAUCUCCGCGGCGGCCGCGGCCGACGGCGUAACGUCGGACUCUCUCGCGGCCGCACUCUUCGCAAUGGACGACCUUCCUUCGCCUUUCGCCGCGCCGGCCGCGCCGGCCGCGCAGCAGAAUUUCAUUCAGGAGGAACCCAGGGAGCGACGCUUCUCCUGGCUGGCAAGCAGCGCGCGCUUUCACGAGGAGGCGUUAGAGCUACACAUCACCGAACCUCGCUCCGAACCGCGGCUAAACGAGCCUCUUGCCGAGCCUCAGAUGACCGCAGUGGGCGGAGCGGAGAUGGCUGGUGAAGCGGAUGCGGCAGAGGACUCCUCGGUGGUCGGACUCCCAGCUGGGUUGACAAAGCGUGCUGGUGAGGCUGCUGCUGCAGCUGCUGCUGAAGCUGCUGCUGCUGCUACCGCGAUGCAAGGAGCGCAGGGGGCGAUGCAGAAAGGGCCUGCGUCGCCAGGAGCGCCGCGCGGGGAGCUGCUAUGUAUGAAUGCCGCGGCCUCGCUUCCCGUCCCCAACGAGCACACGGCGCCUGCCGCACGAACCCCCCGGUUUCAAGUGGCUGCUGCAGCAGCAGCGGAAGCAAGGAGAGAGCAGGCAAGGAAAGAGAAGGUGGCUUUUGAGGCGACUCAGAAGGCAUUAGCCGCAGCCGCCGCCGCCGCAGCAGCAGCAGCAGAGGCGAGGCGAGAGCAGGCUGUGCUGUCGAGCCGAGUGAUGGCGACUCUGCAGAUGGGAGCAGGCAGCGAGGGCGAGAGGCGGCAGCUGUUGUCUCUUCUGCGAGCACUCAAGCAGGUGGAGGAACAGCAGGCGCAGGAGGCGCAGCAGCAGAAGACGAGGCAGAAUGCACUGAAGCGGCAGCGGCGGCAGAGGGUGAUGGGAGGUCAAGAGCUGUCAGGGGACCUUCAAGAACCGCAAGCGCUGCAGCAGGAGGAGCAGCAGCAGCCCGAGCAGCAGCAGCCCGAGCAGCAGGAGCAGGAAGGAAGGAAUGAGGAGCAGCAGCCCGCGCAGCAGCACUGGUUUUCAGAUCACUCGCCUUUUCAUGCGGAAGCAAGGGCUGAGCACGAGCACCACCGGGGAUUAGCAUCGGGGGGGGCUGUGGGAGACGGCCUUGCCUCCUUCUAUGCUCCCAAAUACGGUCCAGAUGGCGCUUUGGCUCGUGGUGCUGGCUUAUUGGGGUGCAUGGAUGGGCGGGGAGGGGAUUGGAGCGGCAGUGGUGGCAGCAGCGGUGGCGGCAGUGGUAUCGACAAUGGUGUUAGCAGUAACCCUGAUUUCUUGCUACCCGGUGUUGGCAUCAACCCCCCCAGUGCUGUGACUGUGAGUAAUGACACCCAUCUCAACAUUAUGCGCAUGCGUGGCAUCAGCGGUGGCGGUUUCGGCGGAGCUGCUACAAACGUUUGUGGAGCGAUCGCCGCUCGAAGGAAGAGACGAAGCCCAGAGGCACCCACUGGCUGUGCUACAGCUGUGCACCAGUGGCACCACGGCAGCAUGCUGGGGUAUGCGAGCCGGAGUGGUGUGUUGGAAGGCUUACACUGCAAGGCCGAAGCAGCUGCAGACGCAGUUCCAGUGGGGGCAGUGCCAGAUGGAACGGGACCAGCACCAGGGCCGUUCUCUUGGUCUCCUCCUCAUGGCAGCAUGACGGUGAUGGCAAGGCAGCACAUUCACCUCCUGUACCAGCGCCAGCGGCUGCAGCAAGGUCUGCAGCAGCAGCAGCAGCAGCAGCAAGGUCUGCAGCAGCACCAGCAGCAGCUACUGCAGGAGCAGCCACUGCAGCAGCAGCAGGAGCUGCAGAGGUGUGAGCAAGGGUCCCAGCACCAGCCGUCGCCAGAGGCCAACAAGCCCCGUUCUCGAGGCAGUGCAGGCUCGGCGCGCACAGGCUCGGCAGGCGGUGCGGCGACCACCAGCAGUGGGCACGUGGUUGGGGAAGAGUGCAUGGAGGGCACAGAGGGCAUGCAAUGCAUAGAAGGAAAGGAUGGUAUGCGAGGUAUGAAUGGCAUGGGUCAGUGGCAGUCUGACGAGCGCCUUGCCGUAGCGGUUCUUACACAGGAGCCUGAUUGGUGCCCAGAUGGCCUGGAUAAUCCCAAGGGGUGCGAGUGCGGCACCAUGCAAGACGACUGUGGCACGGACGACGAGUGGAUGCCUCGGUGCCAAGGCGUCGGGACAGGCUCGGCACCGAACCAGAGGAUUAAGAGACGCAGCAUGGCGGAGCGGCGAAGGAGGGAGAGGAUUAGUGAGGGCCUGCAGAAGCUGAGGGUGAAGGUGCGGGGGCGAGGAGACACGUGUGCGAUGCUGGACAGAGCAGUGGGGUAUGUAGAUGCACUAGAGCGGAGAGUGGUGGAGUUAGAGAGGGUUGUGAUGGUGGCUGCUGGGUCUGGGAGAAACGUUUUCCCCGGUAAUGCAUUUGCCGGUGGUGCUUUUGCGGGUCGCAGUUUUGCCCGUAACAUCUCACGUAAUGACGUUGCAGUGCUCACGUUGGUACCGACUGCAUUGACAUCGCCCCCCAUUGGCCUUGGGAGUGACGGUGUUGCUAGCUGGCCUUGGGAGUGA